CGCUGCUCACACUCGCCUUACAGAAGCCGAGCUGAGAACAUCAUCCGCUUUGAGCGCUUAGGCGCAGUGAUUACAUCCUCACUGAGAGAGAUAGAGAGAAAGUCCUAGUAUUCAGCUGCUUUUAUUUGCAAGUUGCAUUUUUUGUUCUGAUUUCGGCCGUGCGUAAAAUGGGAGUUUUUGCUUUCUUUUUCUACUCGUGUGGAAUUUCUUCUUUUGUUUUGUGACUUUAUGUGAAGGGGCAGUGUGUUCUUGUGCACAGGGAGUGUUGGCUAUGCGUCCUGGCUCCAGCCUGCAAUGUUUGCGCUGACGCCAAAACUCCCAGACCUGUGCAGAAUUGAUUAAAACAGAGAAGCUCGGAUCAAAUGGCUGUGCUUCUCACAGCUGAAACGACACAAUGUUCCACUGACCCACGGCAAAGGAGAGGAAUUUCACAAUCGGACAGCCUUGUUGCUGUUAAUUUCACUGCCUUUCUACGGACAGGGGAAAUGGGAAAUGCUCAUUUCUUGUAAAAAAAGGAAUUAACAUUUUCUUUUUUCAUCUUUAAGUGCACUUUGAAAGAGGGAGAGGAGAUGAUGUGGUUAGUAUUCCUGCUCUCCAUCCUGGCUGGAGCUGCCUCUCAGCUGCACUACUCCGUGCCAGAGGAGCAGGAACCUGGCUCCGUGGUUGGGAAUAUUGCAGAGGAUUUGGGGCUGGACAUUACCAAACUUUCCGCUCGCCGUUUCCAGACGGUGGCGAGUUCACGGACACCUUAUCUGGAGGUGAACUUAGAAAACGGUGCGCUCGUAGUGAAGGAGAAAAUUGACCGGGAAGAAAUCUGUAAGCAGACCAUCCCGUGCCUAUUGCACCUGGAGGUGUUUCUUGAGAACCCGUUGGAGCUCUUUCGUGUGGAAAUUGAAGUGAUGGAUAUCAAUGACAAUCCUCCCAGCUUUCCAGAGACAGACAUUUCCGUGGAGAUAUCUGAGAGCGCAAUACCCGGGACCCGUUUCCCGGUGGAGAAUGCCUUCGACCCUGACGUGGGCACAAACGCGCUCAGCACAUAUGCCAUAACAAAUAAUAACUAUUUUUACCUUGACGUGCAGACACAGAGCGACGGGAACAAGUUCGCAGAGCUGGUGCUGGAGAAGCCGCUGGACCGGGAGCAGCAGGCGGUGCACCGGUACGUGCUGACGGCGGUGGAUGGAGGCAUCCCGCAGCGGACCGGGACAGCUCUGCUUGUCGUGAAAGUUCUGGACUCUAACGACAACGCACCCACAUUUGACCAGUCUGUGUACACGGUAAAUCUGCGAGAAAACUCGCCCGUGGGCACCCUGGUCAUUCAACUGAACGCAACGGAUGUGGACGAGGGACAAAACGGGGAAAUAGUUUAUUCUUUCAGCAACCACAACACUCCGCGGAUAAAGGACUUAUUCAGUAUUGAUGCCAGAACCGGUAGAGUUGAGGUGUCGGGGGAGGUGGACUACGAAGAGAGCAACACGCACCAGAUUUACGUCCAGGCUAAAGAUCUGGGGGCCAAUGCGGUCCCUGCGCACUGUAAAGUACUGGUCAAACUCGUGGACGUGAACGACAACACACCGGAGAUCGGUUUCAGCACUGUGACCGAAUCCGUCAGUGAGCAGGACGCCCCCGGCACCGUGAUUGCACUUUUUAGCGUCUCAGACAGGGACUCCGGUGAAAAUGGACAAAUGAGCUGCGAAAUACUGGGAGACGUUCCUUUCAAGCUGAAGUCGUCUUUUAAAAACUACUACACCAUCGUGACGGACGGACCGCUGGACAGAGAGAGCACGGACUCGUACACCAUCACUGUGGUGGCCAAAGAUAAGGGUCAGCCUUCUCUCGCCACAAGCAAGUCCAUCAAAGUGCACGUCUCCGAUGAAAACGACAACGCGCCCCGUUUUAAACAGGCUGUGUACGAUGUGUAUGUGACUGAGAAUAACGUGCCCGGGGCGUUCAUCCAGGGUGUGAGCGCUUUGGACCCUGAUAUUGGACAGAACGCUCUCAUUACCUACUCCAUAUUGGAGUGUGACAUACAGGGCAUGUCUGUGGAAACCUAUGUGUCCAUAAACAAGGAGACCGGCUACCUUUACGCGCUGCGCUCAUUCGAUUACGAGCAGCUGAAGGAGUUUAGCUUCAUGGUUCAGGCGAAGGACUCAGGAGCCGCUGAGCUUUUCUCCAACGCCACUGUAAAUGUGAUCAUAGUUGAUCAAAACGACAACGCACCCACUGUAAUAGCCCCCAUCGGUAAAAAUGGCACAGCCAAAGAGCACCUGCCGCGCUCAGCUGAGCCCGGCUACCUGGUGACGCGCAUUGUAGCCAUGGAUGCGGAUGAUGGAGAGAACGCGCGGCUGUCCUACAGCAUCCUGCGAGGUAAUGAGAUGGGAAUGUUCCGGAUGGACUGGAGGACAGGAGAGCUGAGGACAGCCCGCAGGAUCUCACCCAAACGGGAUCCCCAGGGCUACUAUGACCUGCUGAUAGAAGUAAGGGACCACGGGCAGCCCCCCCUCUCCUCCUCCGCCAGUGUGAGUGUAAUCUUAGUGGACAGCGUGGUUGAAGGCCGCAGUGGGGACCGCGGCUCGGCCUCCAAGGCAAAGGAGACCUCCCUUGACCUCACCCUCAUUCUGAUCAUAGCCCUGGGCUCCGUUUCCUUCGUCUUUCUUCUGGCCAUGAUCGUGCUGGCCGUGCGUUGCCAAAAGGACAAGAAGCUCAACCUGUACACGUGCCUGCUGGCCGGUGACUGCUGCCUCUGCUGCGGCUCCUGCUGUAGCCGGCAGGCCCGGGGCCGGAAACAGAAAAAGCUGAGUAAAUCAGACAUUAUGUUAGUUCAGAGCACCAACGUGACAUCAGGGGUUGGACCCGUGGGACAGGUGCCCGUGGAGGAGUCUGGUGUGGGCGGUGUAGGUGGGGGCUUCGGCUCCCAUCACCAUCAGAACCAGAACUCCUACUGCUACCAGGUGUGUCUGACACCGGAGUCCGCCAAAACAGAUCUGAUGUUCCUCAAACCGUGCAGCCCCUCCCGCAGCACGGACACGGAUCACACCAACCCCUGCGGCGCCAUAGUCACGGGUUACAGCGACCAACAACCGGACAUCAUAUCCAAUGGCAGUAUUCUCUCUAAUGAGACUAAACACCAACGAGCAGAGCUCAGCUAUCUGGUGGACAGACCCAGACGUGUCAACAGUUCGGCAUUUCAAGAAGCAGACAUUGUCAGCUCCAAAGACAGUGGUCAUGGCGACAGUGAACAGGGUGACAGUGACCACGAUGCCACCAACCGGGGCCAUUCGGCCGGCGCCGAUCUGUUCUCCAACUGCACCGAGGAGUGUAAAGCCCUGGGCCACUCGGACCGCUGCUGGAUGCCGUCCUUUGUCCCGUCCGACGGGCGCCAGGGGCCGGACUACCGCAGCAACCUGCACGUGCCAGGCAUGGACGCCACGCUGCCCGACACUGAGGUACCCUCCUCCGUCAACCUGUCCGACCAACUCACCAUGACCUCGUCCACCGCCUCGUCCAACGAUAGGUCAUUCUCCACCUUUGGCAAGGACGGUCAAAGGUCACAGUCACACCACAGCCUUCACCAUCACCUCCAUCCGCAACAGCAGCAGUACAGCUCCAGCACGCUAGAGAGGAAAGAAUAUGAUAGGGGGACCCUACCGUACAAAUCCACCUUUCUCUCCCGCAAAAGGAUUUGCUAGCUCGUUCCACGUGGACCUGUCGGAGACAGCGUGAAUUUCUGUACGAGACCACCAACACUGAUGCUAGAGACAGCAAAAAUAAAAGCGAAACAAAACAGUAACCUGGACAACAACAGCAGCAGCCUUGGUUAAACUUCAUUAUCUCGGGUGGUGAACUGUAACAAAGCCUUGGCAGCGGUAGCUGGGGAAGGAGACAGGAGAAAGGAAAAUACUGAGUAGCUGUAACCCUCUAGAAUUUCUGAGGAGCAAUCCAAGGCCUUAUUCUUCUCAGCAGGACUGAGACCGGGGCCGCAACACUUCACUUGGCCGAUGCGAAGAUUAUAACGUCAUCAGCAGACUGAAAAAGGAAAGAAAGAAACUGGAGUAAACAGAGGGAUAUUAAAACACGAGGGAUUGAUUAGAUCACGGAGGUGGUUUUUUUUUUUCUUUUUUUUUUGUUUUUGUUUUUUGACUGGGGGUUAGCCUCUAGAGAUCUGUGUGUGCCUGUUUACAUGAAGAAAAAAAAAAAAACACUAAUGUUUCUGUACAAACUUCAACCAACAUCACACGGAACCCUUUAGCUAUUUCUAUGGUCACCACUAAGCCAACUGUACAGAGACUGUAUGGACAGAGGGAGGCAAGAGACUGGAGGAAAACAAAAAAAACAAAAAAAAAAAUCUGGGGGAGGAGAAGGACUGUCAGCCAGAGUGAAAGGCUGAGACAGACACAGACAGAGAGCAGGUGUUGUACAGGUAUAAAAUGACAGAAAAAAAAGAAAGGGGGACAAGCAGAGACGAUGUGCAGUAGUAUAAAUUCUGUAUCUCCAGUUUUUUGACUUGACUGUCUUUAUAUAACUUCUCUUAUUUUUUGCCGUUUCUGUUGUUCUUUCGGUGUGGUUUCAAAUGUGCAGACUCUAACAUAUUCUGACUUAAACAGUUAAGACAGGGACAUGCAGCCCGGUCCGGUCUGGUCCAGAGUUUGGGUUUGGUAAAUCUUUUCCAGCUAAGCCACUUCAGGAAGGAGAUUUGAAACAAAAUAUCCUGGACGGAGAGGAAAAAAACACCCACGAGAUACUAAACACUAUACUCAGCGUUGGGUUUAUCAAUAAAGUAUUGUAAAUGAAUGUUCUCAUUUCUAAACUAGUGACUUUUUGAAACAAGUUCCUUCCUGAGCUGACUGCGGAGAAAGUGAAUGAUCCCUUAACCAGGAUGGGGUUCCCUUGAUGCCAUUGGCUUAUACAUAAACAAUCAGACACAUUCAGUGGUUUUUAUCAUGUGUGCAAAGUGUUUACUGUGCUAUUUUAAAAGCUUAUAAAUGAAUAUAAAUCUAUAUAUAUAAAACUAUAUAUAUACAAUAUACUUUUUUCUGAAAACUGUGUAACCAUUGGUUAGUUUCUACACCUCAUAAUGUCAUUCAAUCUAAUACCAAGUGCUUCAAAACCAAGACUUGUGUUGACUCAGAUGAGGAGGAGUGCUACAGCCUAAAAAGCAAGCCCCCUUUCACACCAACCAAGGAUUAAGUUGAUGUUCUUAUUUGAUUGUUACUUUUCACCGUUUACAUAAAGACACUGGGCCUUGUUGUGUGUAGCGAAGACACCAGUUGAGUUGUUUUAGGCCUGUUGUGUAUUUUAAUAGCAGAAUAUGUGUUCAUGUACAGGAAAGGGAGGGGGGGAGAAGCCUAUCCCGACCGAGCUAGAUAUCCAAGGUUUUACAAUCAUACAAGAGAGGCAUACGCUCUUAAAUAUGGUCACAUUAGCAGACAUACACAUGACGAGGAGGGAGUACGCACACACGAAUACACACACACACACACACACACACACACACAGGUCAGGUGGUGAUAAAUAAACAGUGUCAUUGAA